AUGCGUCUUUUGCAGCUGCAGGGCGACAGUGGAAUCCAGCUUGUCCAAAGUGCUGACAAUGCUAUUCCACCAUAUGCUAUCCUUUCGCAUACUUGGGGAGCAGAUGAGGACGAGGUCACCUUCAAGGAUCUUAACAAGGGAACAGGUACAACAAAAGCUGGCUAUCGAAAACUUGAGUUCUGCAGAAGGCAGGCUGCGAGCGAUCACUUAGAUUACUUCUGGGUCGACACAUGUUGCAUCAACAAAGACAGUAGCACAGAGCUUUCAGAAGCUAUUGUCUCCAUGUUCCGCUGGUACCAGAAUGCGGCGCAAUGCUACGUAUACCUCGAUGAUGUGUCGACUGACAGCAAGGAUGGCAAAACGCCUCAGCAGAGCAAGUGGUUCACUCGGGGAUGGACGCUCCAAGAGCUGCUCGCCCCAAAAAGCGUCAAGUUCUUCUCUAGAGAAGGCCAUUUACUGUUCACCAAGUCCUCUAAAGUGCUGGAGAUCGCCAACAUUACCCAUAUACCUGCCGAAGCUCUUCAACAGCGAGGACCUCUGUCACGCUAUAGUGUUGAGGAUAGGAUGUCAUGGGCAAAAGAACGAAAUACAACACGUUCGGAAGACGUGGCCUAUUGCCUGAUGGGUGUUUUUGACAUUCACAUGGUACCCAUCUACGGUGAAGGCAAGGUCAAGGCGAUCAAGCGACUUCAGAAAGCAAUAAGAGAAGCAGAAGAUGAAUCGGCUUCACCAAUCGAGAACGCAAAGAAAUGGCUAGAGAGCGCCAAGACCGAUAAGAAUGUACAGGAACUUUUCCGCAAGAUGUUCAUUGAAAACGAGGGCUUGGGUGAACAAGAAGAUGACGUUGAACUCCAAUCCGACAUCUUCAAAACCGUCUUGCAGGCGCCCACGGUGUUAGCCGAGACUAGCGAGCAUGUCAGACUUCUCAUGGGCAACUCGAAAAAGGAAGGUCCGCCAGACUUGAUUGCAGUCAAAAGGACGGCUACCUUUAACCGAUCGGCCGUGGCUCAUGUCCUCUCUGGCACUUCUAAUUACCGGGACUUCAAUCUCAUCAUCGCAACACCAGCUCGUGAGACUAUGACUACGCAAAUGGAUUUCACGCUUACAGACUGGGACGAUGACGGCUCGUUAGAUAUCGUCAUGAUCAAGAAGAACUACACCGGUACAAACAGUACUGAAGUUCAUAUCACAUCUGGAAAAUCCAAUUACCAACAUUGGAUGCUAGAAGUCGGCACUAUACUACACGAAACUGACGAAACCUUUACAUUCGCCAUGGGCAAACGGGACGCCAACAGCAGGCCGGACUUGUUCGCGAUCAAGAAAUCCAGAACCACUUCUCGUACCACCGAAGUGCACAUACUAUCGGGCGCCUCACACUUCAAGAACUUCAUCAUACGCACCGACACUGCCCUACACGAAACUGAUGAUACGUGGGACUUUCUCGUCACGGACUGGAACGGCGAUGGGCACCAGGAUCUAGUCGCGAUAAAGAAGAGCAAUUCGAGUGACAAAUGCACUUCAGUGCAUGUGCUGUCAGGAGCUUCUAUGUACAAGGAAUUUAUACUGCGUGCCGAAACACCGCUGUAUAGGAGCUAUGGUAUGUUUGAGUUUGCGGUCGCCGAUUGGACUAAGAAUGGGAAGCCGGAUCUGGUUGCAGUAGCGAAGGACACGGAGAGUAAUUCUACGGAGGUGCAUGUCAUGACACAACAGGGCUGA